AACCUUGAACUUCUUAGAGGUUCAAAAUGGUGCUUCGGCGGAUCGUCAACGCAUUGAUAAAUAACGCUCAAGUGGUGGAGAAACUGGCCGAGUCUCGACCCAUCAGACGGGCAGCCCAGAUCACGGCCUUCGCCAUUACUAAAGCACAGAUCGCAGGGAAAGAAGCGUCGACUAAGCUGCUGAGGUCAGAAACCGUUCGCCAGGUACGAGAGGACACGUCAAAGAUGCCCCGAGAUGUGCAGGAAUUGGGUCGGAGAGCAACAAGGCUUCGGGACACGUUUGUGAAGGAAGUAAAAGACGGGAUGAGAGACGCCAGCAGACAGAUCAAAGACAAAAAGUGACCGAUAAAGAGUCAACUGUGACUGAGAGCUGCUAUUUGUGAAUUUAUGAACUCCAUGCAGAAUGUUUUUUCUGUCAGCUGCAUCAGCAGAUGAUGUUUAAAUUAUUACUGUAAACACUGUCAAAUGAAAAAAAAAAGACUAAGUGCCAUGUGAUUUGUAAAAUAAAUAGUAUGGGAUUAUAUAAAUACGAUAGAGAUUAUUUGUUAUUUAAUUAAAACAUUAAGGCUUGUUGGAUUAAAACAUGUCUACUUGGGGACUCGGGAGAGAUAAUGUAGUCAUUUUUUAGAUCUACAUACAAUCAUUUGUCCCAUAAAGCCAUAUAUAAAGAACCGAUAAAGAUACCUGCGUUAAGGGAUAGCUCACCAAAAUUACAAUUCUUUCAUCCGUUACUCGGCCCCAUGUCAUUCCAAACUUGUAUGACUUUUCUCCUGCAGAACACAAAAAGAAGAUAUUUUGAAGAAUGUUGGUAACCAAACAACAUUGCCCCCUUUACUUCCAUUGGAUACAAAAGCACUGAGACAUGUCUCAAAAUAUCUUCUGUGUUCACAGAAGAGUCAUACAGGUUUUGAAUAAAUGACAGAAUUUUGUUCACUAACAAAACUUUUGGUGUAAAACAGGGUCUUUAUCCCAUUUCAGUGUCUAGGCAAUAUUUCCUACUUUGUUUCUGUGGGGAUCAUUUGAGAUGAGUGCUGAUAUUUUUUAAAACCACAUUUUUAAAGUAUUUGUAGCACUUGAUAUAAGCACCCCAUCCCAUGAAAAAUCACGUUUUUUUUGUAAAAUACUUGUAUUUGUAAUCCACGUUUUUUUAACGGUACUAUUUGCAAAUGACAUCAAAGUGUGUGAGAGAACUGGAAAAAUCAAUAGCAUACUUGCAUUGGUGGUGGGGUGCUAAAUUUCAGCACUCUUCUGCUUACACUAUAUCACUUUUUGCCAUGAACUGAUUUAAUAAACUUUCAAUGUGAAUUAAUUGUCACAGCACUUGAGUUCCAACAAUAUUAAUGUCCGUAAGAACAAAAAGGAAAGCCAGUUGCU